UAUGUAGAAAGUAGAAGCCCCCAGAAUUAAGCCAUCUCCAAUUGCAGAUGCAAAAUUAUAGACUAAAAUAUUAGACCUUCUUCGUUAGGCAUUAAAUUACAAGCAAUUAAAAAAAGGAGCUAAUGAAGUCUUAAAAAAGUAUAAUCUAAUAUAUAAAAUUAGUCUUGAUAAAGGAAUCUGUGAAUUAGUGAUUUUGGCAGCUGAUUGUGAUCCUAUAGAAAUUGUAGCAAAUAUACCUAUUAAAUGUGAAGAGAAAGUAAAUAAGGAAUAUAAAGUAGAAUGUCUCAUAUUGUUUUGUCUCAACUUAGGCAAGUUUAGGUAGAGCUUGUGGUAUUAGCAGACCUGUUGUUGCUGCAUCAAUUGUAUAAAGUGAAGGCUCUUAAUUGAAAACAUAAAUUAUUGAAAUGAAAGACUUAAUUGAUUAAUUAUUUAUAUGA